AUGAGCGGUGGAGAAGGCGGGAAGUGGUUUAGAGACAAUAUGGAGGUGAAAAUUGGGGAGAGGGAUGGUUUUCUUUUUUGGCAUCAUUGUUGGGCAGGAAAUUUUAAGUUGUCUGAACUGUUUCCUCGGUUAUUCCAUCUUAGCAACAACAAGGGGGGAGCGAUUAGUAGUAUGGGUACUUGGUUUGAGGGGGAGUGGAGAUGGGACUUGAAGUGGAAUCGUGAACUUCGACAGAGAGAGCUUGAUCAAGUUCAACAGCUUACUUCAUCCACUUGUAAUGUUCGUUUGACUGCAGGCUCGAAAGAUAGCUGGUGCUGGAAAGCUAGCAAAAAUGGAGUUUUCUCGGUUCAAUCGGCCUAUUAUGCUCUUGGCCUGGAGUCUCGAUCGAUGGAAGAACGUAGGGUCGAGAAUGAAAUGGCAUUGAUUUGGAAAGCUUCGGCAAAGGCAGUUAUCACAGCCUGGAAAGUACUUAGAGGAAGGUUUCCUACUUUCGAUAAUCUCAGGAGGAGGCAGGUGAACUUCCAGUCGGGGAACCUGUGUGUGCUGUGCAACUCUUGCGAGGAGUCGAUUAAUCAUCUCUUCUUUUCUUGUCACAAAACUGAUGCUAUUUGGAAGGAUAUUAUUUCAUGGCUUGGCAAGCAAACAGCGUCCCAGACACAGGCGAAAGCACACUUUAACGCCUUCAUUAAUUUGGGAAAUAAAGAUGACGUUAAGCUGCUUCUUAGUGUGUGGAUCUGCACGAUUUGGUGCUUUUGGAGGAAGAGGAAUGAAUGCAUUUUCAAACAAGGUAUGUGGAAUAGGGAAAGGAUUUUUUCCGAAAUCAAGUCGAUACUUUGGGGCUGGAAAAUGGCGUUCAAUCUGGUGACGCCAUACUCGGAGUUUAGAAGGUGGUUCUCUGCUGAAGCUUUGAUUACUUAG